UUUCAAGUUUCAAUCUUUUUACCCUAACUGGGGUUCAAAUUCUCACUCAAUAGCAUGACUCAUGUCCCCACCAUCCCUCCAAUCAUAUCCUAGCUCCCAACUUCUCUCUCACAAAGCUUUAAUCUGCCUCACCCAUGGAGUUCAUUUUUUCUUUAAGAAUUUUUGCAGUGACCAUUAGAACACCAUACACAAUGUGUUGCUCCUUCUUGCCCUCUCUAACUCUGUUUCUGUUUUUCCUUCUCAUAUCAGUACCUUGUAGUGCUCUUCCUUUCUCGACUCCUACUAGCCAUGGAAAUGGGAAGAAACAACAGCACAACAACAACAACAGUAGUAAUCUCCAUUCCACAAACAUGGACCCAUUUGAGGUAGAAACCUUGUUCAAGAUCAUGGAGACAUUGUCAUCUGAUAGCAACUGGAGAGUCUCAUAUCCAAGCCCUUGUAAACCAGGUUCUUCUUCAUGGAUUGGCUUAGAAUGCAAACCAGGUAAUGACAAUCAUGUUCAUGUUUCCAGGCUUGAUUUUGGAACAAAACCAAACCCAACCUGCAAGAAAACAGCUACCUUCCCAUCUCAAAUCUUUGAUCUUCCAUAUCUUGAAUCAGUCUUCUUCUUUCGUUGCUUCACUCAAACUAAAACCACCAUUACCAUAACCCCAGGUAGAAUUUCAACUACACUGACACAGCUCAGUUUCCGAUCAAAUCAAGCAAUCAUAGGUCCCAUACCACCUCAAAUCUCUUCUUUAAAGUCUCUUCAAGUCCUUACAUUGUCUCAAAACCGCCUUCAUGGACAAAUACCAGCAGAGAUCUUCAGUUUAUCCUCUCUGGUUCACCUUGAUUUGAGCUACAACUUACUCACAGGCACUAUUCCAAACCAGUUGGGUAGUCUUGUAAAGCUUGAGGGACUUGAUUUAAGCUAUAACUUGCUUACAGGUCCAAUUCCAAACACAAUUGGGCAACUGGGUCUUCUUCAAAAGCUCGAUUUGAGUUCAAAUUCUAUCACUGGACGCAUCCCUGACACCAUUGAAAACCUUCAUUUCUUGGUUUUCAUGGCUUUGGGUAACAACAAACUGAAAGGGAAUUUCCCUAAAGGCAUUGAUAGGUUACAGAACCUACAGUACCUUAUCAUGGAAGACAAUCCCAUGUUUGUUCAGUUACCAUUUGAGCUUGGAAGACUAGCAAAGCUUCAAGAACUGAGACUUGCAAAUUCUGGGUUAUCGGGAGCCAUUCCUCCAAGCUUCUCUAGGCUACUCAACCUCAGUACUCUGUCUCUACAGAACAAUAGAUUAACUGGUCCAAUUCCAGUUACAUUAAGCAAUCUCACUCACAUUUAUCACAUGAAUUUGAGCAAGAACUUGUUGGUUGGUGUUGUUCCUUUCAAUUUAAACUUUUUGCAGAGAUUGGGAAGGAAUUUGGAUCUAAGUGGGAAUUCAGGACUCUGUUUGGACAAGUCUGAUGCUUAUGCAAGUGUAAAGAUUGGAGUCGGUGUCUGUGGAAGCAAGGGAAUAGGAUCUCUGGAUCAACCAUUGAAGAGAUCUGAAGCUCCAGUUGGGUCUUGCAGAUUAUUCAACGUGUUAGCUUUCUUAGGUGUUUGGGGAAUGUAUCAAAUGUUAUUCUAUUUGUCAAUUUGAAUUCUUUAUAUCUCUUGUUGUAACCUCAUCUUCUGGUGAUUCUUUAUGUGGGUAGUGGGUACUGUGGAGAUAGCAAAGAAAGGACGCUUUGAGCUUGGCCAUUGAACCACCAAAGAAGUCUUGAAGACUUUCAGGGAAGUUCUUUUUCUUUCUUGUUUGCAUUUGAGUUAGUGAUGCUCCAUUAGUGUACUAUAUUUUGCGGAAAAUUUAUUAGUUGUGUC